AUGUUGUUGCCAGCGCUUUCCCGGGCCGAGCCGGAAUUCUUUAUUAGAACGUCGGCAGGCAAAGCCCGAAGGAAGGCUGCUAUCCCCUCGGCCUUCUUCCUUUUCGAUGAAAAACAAAUCAAUCUCCGAAAGCGUUUUCCUUACCCUUCCCCCCCUUCGUCGAGCCUUUCCUUUAGUGGUAAGGGAUAUGCACCUUAUCUGAACGUCGGCAGGCAUUCCGGAAUUCUCCUUUUUGAGCCCCGGGUGAACAUAGGCUCAAACAUGAUUGGGGGGGUCCUAGCUACGCCAUGCGUUCAAUACAAAAAAAAGCCUCUGGGAAGCAGCAGAGAUUACAAAAAGAGGGUGCUUUCCUGUGUUGCACUGAAAAAAGGACAAAGGAGAAGACGCUCUUCGACUUUCUUUCUUCCUCCCGCGCCCGCCUAA